AUGGCAUUACUCUCAGCUCUCGAGAUGGAGAUUGCGAUCCCAGUCUGUGUUGUCAUCGGGAUCACGGUCUCCCUGUGGCAGUGGCACCUCGGGUCGCGCGACAACCACAGCAAUGAAGGGCAAAGCUCCCCCCAGCAGGCACAGUAUGAUAAGAUAAAGAAGGCCGUCUCUGAAGGUGUGGAAUCCUUUCUGUCAAUGGAGUACCGGUAUGCUGUAGUUUUCGUGGCUACCUUUGCGAGUAUAAUCUUCCUCUUACUUGGCUCUGUUGAGAGGUUCAGCACCCAAAGCCGGCCGUGCAAGUUUAAUCCUUCAAACACGUGCAAGCCUGCACUUGUAACUGCCGUUUUCAGUACAGUUUCAUUCAUACUAGGUGCUUUAACAUCAGUCGUCUUUGGUUCCCUUGGCACGAAAAUUGCUAGAAAUGCUAAAGCGAGGACUACCUCAGAAGAGAGAAACACCGCUGGAAGAACUUUCAGGUCUGGUGCAGUUAUGGGAUUUCUUCUUGCUGCCAUCGAUCUUCUCGUGCUCUAUCUUGUAAUCAAUCUGUUCAAGUUGUACUAUGGCAAUGACUGGGAAGGUCUUUUUGAGGCUAUUACUGGUUAUGCUCUCGGUGGAUCUUCCAUGGCUCUCUUUAGAAGAGCCAGUGGUGGAAUUUAUGCCAAGGCUGCUGAUGUUUGUGUUCAUCUGGUUGAAGAGAUUGACCCAGAUUGCCGACAAACUGAUCAGAACCCAGCUGUGAUUACUGAUUAUGUUGGUGAUAUUGUUGGAGAUAUUGCUGGUAUGGGACCUGAUCUUUUUGGCUCCUAUGCCGGAUCAUCCUGCGCUGCCCUUGUUCUUGCUUCAAUCUCUUCUUUCGGAAUCGAACACGACUUCACUGCUAUGUGUUAUCCCCUGAUUAUCAGCUCUAUGGGCAUUCUCGUUUGCUUGAUCACAACUGUCUGGGGGGAAAUCAAGCCUGCAUCAAAGAAGGAGCGAUUUAUUAUUUCCACAAUUCUAAUGACUGUUGGAAUUUUUGUUGUUAGCUUGAUCGUUCUGCCGUCAUCAUUCACAAUUUACAACAUUGGGUUGCCGAAAGUUGUGAAGAACCAGCAGCUGUCCUUUUGUGUUGGUGUUGGUUUUUGGGCAGGGCAAAUUAGUUGGUUUGUCAAUGAAUAUUACGCCAGCGAUGACUUCAGCUGUCUCCAAAGUGAUGCUGUCAACAAUUCCUGCCCCAGUGAUGCUGUCAACAGUUCCUGCACCGGUCUCCAAGUCGCUCUCGAGCACUUUAGUGUUGCCCCUGGCUCUGUCCGUAUACCUUUUUUUGCCGCCGUUAGCAUUUUCGUGAGUUACCCUAUUGCUGCCACGUAUGGAAUUGCUGUGGCUGCCCUUGGGAUGCUAAGUACCACUGCCACUCAAUUUGCAAUAGAUGCUUCCGGUCCCAUCAGCAACAAUGCUGAACGUAUUGCUAGAAUGGCUCGCAGCGGAGCCCGUGGAGCUGCUGGCAAUACUACAGCUGCCAUUGGAAAGGGAUUCGCCAUUGAUUCAGCUGCUCUAGUGUCGAUCGCUCUAUUCAGUGCAUUUGUGAAUCGUCCAGCAAUGUCGUCUUCUGUUGAUGUCCUGACGCCGAAGGUCAUCGUUGGUUUGAUCACAGGCACCUGGCUUCCUUACCGUUUCUCUGCUAUGACCAUGAAAAGUGUGGGACGUGCAGGAUUUAAGAUGGCUCUGGCUCUGAAGGUCCCUGAGGAGGUCCCCGAGGAGGUGUCAAAUUCACAGUCCCCCGAGGAGGUGUCAAAGGCAGAGUCAAAAUAUGCUCCAUACUUCAAAAUUUUAAAUGAGGCAUCUUUCAGGGGGAUGAUUAAACCUACUGCCCUUGUCACGGUUACACCACUUAUCAUCGGGACCUUUUUCGGUGUGGAAACACUAUCUGGUCUUUUGGCUGGCUCUCUCAGUUCCGUUGUUCAGAUUGCAAUAUCGGCACCCAAGACUGCUGGAGAAUGGAACCAAGCGAAAGAGGACAUUAAGGCCGGUGCUUUGGAGCAUGCCAAAGCCCAUUGCCCUGAUGAUGAGACGCUUCUCCAAAAAGUUAAAGAUGGAAAGACCAUUGGCAAUCCACAAAAGGACACCUCAGGUCCCCUCAACAUCCUCAUCCAGCUACUGGCAGUCGAGUCGCUUGUGUUUGCUCCCUUCUUUGCUAGUUACGGUGGUCUGCUCUUCAAUUUUCUCUGA